UGCUUCCCAACAACACUGCUCUAUUAUAAUAAUCAUCCAAACUCGCACACACACACACACAUCAAGCCAAUUCAAUUUACAGUAACCAUUUUUUUUCUUGAAAACAAUGGCAGGUGAGGUAGGGGUGAAGAAGGAAGAGUCUCUGAACCUGAAAAUCACUAACAAGAGCCAUGUGAAGCCUGAGGAGAAGAUUGGGAAGAAGGAGUACCAGUUGGUGACUUUUGAUCUUCCCUAUUUGGCCUUCUACUACAACCAGAAGCUCUUGUUUUACAAAGGGGAGGACUUUGAGGGCAUGGUGCAGAAACUGAAAAUUGGACUUGGUGUUGUGCUGAAGGAGUUUCACCAGCUAGCUGGUAAGCUAGGGACAGAUGAAGAGGGGGUGUUCAGAGUGGAGUAUGAUGAUGACAUGCUUGGUGUGGAGGUUGUUGAAGCUGUUGCUGAUGAGAUUGGUGUGGAUGAUCUCACUGUGGCUGAAAGUACCAGCAAUUUGAAGGAGCUUAUACCCUAUAGUGGUAUCUUGAAUUUGGAAGGCAUGCAUAGACCCUUGCUUGCAGUUCAGUUAACGAAGCUGAAAGAUGGGCUUGCAAUGGGCCUAGCGUUCAACCACGCUGUCUUGGAUGGGACAUCCACGUGGCAGUUCAUGACCUCAUGGGCCGAGAUCUGCAGCGGCGCACCCUCCACAACAGCCCCACCCUUCCUGGACCGGACCAAGGCCCGGAACACGCGCGUGAAGCUGGACCUCUCGCUUCCCGAGCCCAACGGCCCACCCACUUCCAACGGCGAGGCAAAGCCCACGCCAGUACUAAGGGAAAAGAUCUUCAAAUUCUCCGAGUCCGCAAUCGACAAGAUCAAGUCAACGGUCAACGAGAACCCUCCAUCGGACGGUUCUAAACCAUUCUCAACAUUCCAAGCUCUUUCCUCCCACGUGUGGCGCCAUGUAAGCCAUGCACGUAACCUGAAGCCGGAGGACUACACCGUGUUCACCGUCUUUGCCGACUGCCGGAAGCGGGUCGACCCGCCGAUGCCAGAGACCUAUUUUGGAAACCUAAUCCAAGCUAUAUUUACCGUGACGGCGGUUGGACUGUUGUCAGCCCAUCCGCCGCAGUUUGGGGCUUCAUUGGUCCAGAAGGCCAUUGAAGCCCACAAUGCUAAGGCUAUUGACGAACGUAACAAAGAAUGGGAAAGUGCACCCAAGAUUUUUGAAUUCAAAGAUGCUGGGGUGAAUUGUGUGGCUGUGGGAAGUUCCCCUAGGUUUAAGGUCUAUGACAUUGAUUUUGGGUGGGGGAAGCCCGAAAUUGUGAGGAGUGGGACCAAUAACAAGUUUGAUGGGAUGAUUUAUUUGUACCCGGGGAAGAGUGGAGGGAGGAGCAUUGAUGUGGAACUAACCUUGGAGCCUGAGGCUAUGGGGAGGUUGGAGCAAGAUAAGGGUUUUCUUUUGGAAGCAUAAAGUUGCUAGAGUAAUGCAUGCAAUAAAAAAAAAAGUUUGGCUAGAAAAGACCCUUGAGCAAAUUUGCAAGUAGUACUACUUAGAUUGUUAAAGGGGUCGACUUUAAUUUCCACUUAUGAAUUCUCAUGUGAUUCAUGGAUGUUAUUUAAUUUAAUGUUGUGUUGUUUUAGAAUUUUAUAUAUAUUUUGAACCUACUAAUGUUUGUCCAA